AUGGCUCCUUUAUCCAAGUCUAACAGUUUCGUAGAACAAAAUCUACCUCACAUUGCGGAAGAAGAUAAAGAAAAAGUAAAAAAGCACCUUUUAACAUAUAAUGUUUUAGUGCAAGACACAUAUGAGAACACCAAAAAAAAUUGUGAACGAAAUAUUCUUAAAAGAAUCCUUAAAAAUAAAUGUAUGACCAAAUAUGUCAGGAAGAGUGUAAUGUCGAGAUCUGUGCUGGGAUUAAAAAGAAGCGCUCGUCAAAGGAAAAUGAUUAAGAAAAACAAUAGCAUUGUGGACGAAACUCUUAAGUUUUAUGAUAGAGAAGAUGUAUCUCGAGCUACAGCUGGGAAAAAAGAAUUUAAAACUCAAGGAAUGAUUGAAACUACAAAUUUAAAUGACACCUUAUCAAUGGUGGUAUGUAACUUAGAUUCCAAGGCAUGUGCCUAUGGUGAAUGUUUGACGUGCUGCAAUAAAUGUAUAGAAUUUAACGAGGACACUUGUGAUAUGAAUGAAAUUGUUACUUGGGACGAAUUUGCUACUAAGAAGGUAGUGAAAAAAGAAGUUCAUGAUAAAUUGAAAGCGCUGACUUCUGCCUUUAAUGAAGAUCUGAAAAUUAUGAAAAAACAUGUGUUCAACAUAAAACAUCAAUAUGCGCAGUAUCUGUCGUGUAUUACGAACUUAAAGUCAAACGAAGUAGCUAUACACAUAGACUUUAGUGAAAAUUACUUGUGCAAAUUAUCAACCGAAGUACAACCAAUGCACUUCGGUGCGUCGAAACCGCAGGGUGCUGCCGACGGAGUAGGAGGAGCACUUAAACGCAGACUGGAUGACUUGGUCAAACAUGGCACCGACAUACCAGACGCUCACACGGCCUAUACACUUAUUAAAAAUUCUGACACCGCGAUAAUGAUUUUUUACAUCAGAGAGGAUGAUAUUGCUAAAACCUCGGUAGAGGAAGAUCUGGUUCCCGUUCCACAGACCAUGAUGUUACAUCAAAUAUGUAAUACUGAUGAAACUAACGUUAUACGGUUCAGUAGUACUGAUGAAGACGACCAGUUCUCCUUGCACGAUUCUUCCGAUGACAAUUUUUAUGACGAGCCAUUAUCUGAUACUACAGGGGAAGAAAAUAAUAACGUUAAUAAAAAAUACACUGGCACUGUGAUAGGAGAAAAGCAAGAUAAUUGUGACUUUACCAGCAAAUCUAUGACAGAUGGGGUCAAAAAUGCUAAUGGGAAUGUGACUGAUAAAACUAAAAAUAAUGUUGUACCAGAAAAAAUUUGA